AUGACCGCGGAUGAGGUCUCUACAACAACAGGCGCAGCGGCACCAGAUAUUACAGGUUAUGCAGACUCGCAAGGAGAGACAGUCUAUGAGCUAGGGCCAUAUAGGUGUACUGACGGAUUAAGCGUGGAUCUAAUGUCAGAUGUGCUAUCCGGGUUCUUUUCAAGCUCGACAGACAGCUCGCUGAAAGUUUAUACGACUUACCUGGUUCUGAAUCUCCACGCAGCAGGUAGUGUCACAGCACCUGGGGAUCCAGCCUCAGCUGUCACAGGCGCUGAUCUCCCGAAUUCCGCAUCAGAACGACCCGGGGAUUCUUUGCAGAACGCCUUAGCCAGCUACUUGUAUACGCCUGCGCAACUGGCCAAGGACAGAAGUGAUCUGAACGAGUCCUGGUAUAAGGUCGAAUCGAGCUACCUACCAGCUACAGAAUACUUCACUGUCCACGUGAAUGAAUCUGGCAAGCACAGUACCCCAGACGGAUGGCCUUCUUCGAAAUACAUCCAGCUUGCCAAAUCGGACAGGGUUCUAAUUGAAUAUGGCUCUGUAGAUCCGCAGCUUGCUGAUUUGGAUCUGUCUGAAGAGGAGGAUAUGAUUUUCUCACCUGGCUACAUGACAUCGGGUAUUAGGAUUUCAGACGAUUCCAACGGUACCCUUACUUCAGGCUGUCUGUAUUCUCCUAAGGCCACAGAUGUUGCGCAGGCCAACUCAUCGUGGGCAAUAUCAAGCAGACUCCCUAUCCCAAACAAUCUUCCAGCGGACGAAGCUAUGGGCGCGCUCUCGAGAGAGAUAUCCAGUAUUGCAGAAUGCGGCUUGUCCCCUAUGCUGAAUAGCUCUCUCUUCGGCGAAACGGCUGAUGUCAACAUAGCCAACUACCGAAACGUGUCUCUUUCCGCAAGCUGGGCCUGGGCUGUAGGAGAAACCCCAUGGCGCAGGAUCCGGCGGCGGCACCAACGGGCAACUAAUUGCUCCGAAAUCCGGCGCGGUGCAUGCCGUGUUGACGGUGGCGCGUUUACCUGGACCGUGUCUGAUGCAGUGGAUAAUUUCUACCAUAUCGCACAUGUCUGUCCUCCAGGCUCUGCGUUGGCAGUGCCCAGAACGGGCUUGGAAAAUACAUACCUGUACAACCACCUCCUUGCACAACCAUCGGAUAUCCUCGACCCGGCGGCUACGGACCCGGCUUUGCGCGAGGUCUUCCUUGGCUUCAAUUCGAUCGAUGUAACUUCGUGCUGGGUGCAGGGCGGACCGCAGGCAACAUGUCCUUACGAAUCGAAUCCUCAGCAGCUGGAGCGAAGAGCGGUGCUCGUGGCUGCGAUUGCGAGUAUCGUGAUCUGUAUCAUUGCUGCUUUGACUAUCUUCGUCAAGUGCAAUGCUAAUCGGCGAAACUCGCGACGUCAGAAACGUGUUAUCGAAGGCUGGGAGUACGAAGGUGUUCCCUCGUAG